AUGGUUGGGGUUUUGAGGCAAAAUUUCCAAUACCAAUGCCGGUUCUCGUUCACCCAUGAUCUCAAGCCAAUGCCGGGACAAUUUCUUGCUGUUCACCACCAUUUUUGCUCCCAUUUCCUUAUCAUUCUUUCUCUUUUGUUAUCUGCUGUUUUUGUUAGUGCAAACAAUGAGGUUUCCGCGCUAUAUUCAUGGCUUCACGCCUCCCCUUCAUUCUCUUCGUCAUUCUCCAACUGGAACCCUUCAGACCCCAAUCCUUGUAACUGGUCUUACAUCAAUUGUUCGUCUGAAAACUUUGUCACUGAGAUUAAUAUACAGUCUGUUGAGCUGGCUAUUCCUUUUCCUUCCAAUCUUUCUUCAUUUCCUUAUCUCGAAAAGCUCGUCAUUUCUGAUGCAAACCUCACUGGGAGUAUCUCAUCUGAUAUCCAGUACUGCACUGAACUAACUGUUAUUGAUGUUAGUUCAAACAGUCUUGUGGGAAAUAUUCCUUCUAGUAUUGGUAAGCUCAGAAAUCUUCAGGACUUGAUUCUGAACUCUAACCAGCUUACCGGGCAGAUUCCGAGGGAGCUAGGCGAAUGCACCAACUUGAAGAAUCUUCUCGUUUUCGACAACUAUUUAAGUGGAAAUCUCCCUGCUGAGAUAGGGAAACUGUUGAAGUUGGAAGUUAUUCGCGCAGGCGGAAACAAGGAUAUUGAAGGGAAAAUACCAGAUAAGAUUGGAGAUUGCCGGAAUUUGAAGGUGUUGGGGCUUGCUGAUACUAAAAUUGCAGGCUCCUUGCCUGCUUCAUUGGGUAAACUAAGCAUGCUUCAGACACUCUCAGUGUACACAACUAUGCUUUCUGGUGAGAUUCCGCCGGAGAUUGGCAACUGCUCGGAGCUUGUCGACUUGUUUCUUUACGAAAAUGAUCUUUUCGGCUCUCUACCACCAGAGUUAGGCAAGCUUCAGAAGCUGGAGAAGAUGCUAUUGUGGCAGAACAACUUUGAUGGAACUAUUCCUGAGGAAAUUGGUAACUGCAGAAACUUGAAGAUUCUAGACCUUUCAUUGAAUUCGUUCUCGGGAAGCAUACCGCGGUCUUUCGGGAACCUCUCUUAUCUCGAAGAGCUUAUGCUAAGUAACAACAACAUCUCUGGUUCAAUCCCUUCUCUUCUGUCCAAUGCCAGCAGCCUUUUACAGCUGCAGCUUGAUGCUAAUCCUGCUGAGCUUGGACUUUUGACACAGCUUAAUGUGUUUUUCGCCUGGCAGAACAAGCUCGAAGGAAGCAUUCCGUCAACAUUGGCAGGCUGCAAGAGACUCCAAGCGCUUGACUUGUCCCACAAUGAGCUUACUAGUAGCUUACCACCUGGCCUUUUUGAGCUUCAGAAUUUAACAAAGCUUCUCCUGAUUUCGAAUCACAUUUCAGGUUCCAUCCCUCCUGAGAUUGGUAAGUGCAAGUCUCUAAUUAGACUCCGGCUUUUAGACAACAGAAUCAGCGGAGAAAUCCCAAGAGAAAUCGGGUCCCUGAACAGCCUUAGCUUUCUUGACCUGUCUCAAAACCGUCUUUCCGGAUCAGUCCCUGCAGAGAUCGGCAACUGCGCUGAACUUCAGCUUCUUAACCUGAGCAACAACACCCUUGGAGGUAAUUUACCAAGCUCUUUAUCUUUUCUCACUAGGCUCCAAGUCUUGGAUAUCUCUGCCAAUCAGUUUAUAGGAAAGAUUCCCGAGAAUUUCGGCCGACUUUCCUCACUCAACAGGCUUGUUCUGAGCAUAAACUCCUUUUCUGGAUCAAUCCCAUCCUCUCUUGGCCAAUGUUCAAGCCUCCAAUUGCUUGAUCUCGGCAGCAACAACCUCACCGGCGCAAUCCCCGUCGAACUUUUCCAACUCGAAGCUCUCGAAAUCGCUCUAAAUUUGAGCUUCAACGGUCUAUCCGGGGUAAUCCCACCGCAAGUUUCAUCUCUCAACAAGCUGUCCGUACUAGACCUUUCACACAACAAACUUGAAGGUGGGUUGUUAGUCCUCUCUAGCCUAGAAAAUCUCGUUUCCUUGAACAUAUCCUACAACAACUUCACCGGAUAUCUCCCGGACAACAAACUUUUCCGACAGUUAUCGACGACGGACCUCGAAGGAAACCAAGGAUUAUGCUCAAAAGGCCAUGACUUAUGUUUCCUCAGCAACGGCACAACAAUAGGCAUUCGAAACAGCAGCAGUUCUAGAAACCAACGCAGGUUUAAACUAGCCAUAUCACUGCUAAUCACGCUGACUGUUGCGCUAGCCAUUUCUGGCGCCUUGGCGGUUUUUCGAGCGCGAAAAAUGAUUCGAACCGACGACAACGACUCGGAGAUGGGUAGCGAGUCCUGGCCUUGGCAGUUCAUCCCAUUCCAGAAGGUGAACUUCACGGUGGAACAAGUCCUCAAGUGCUUAACCGAACCGAACGUGAUCGGGAAGGGAUGUUCGGGGAUAGUUUACAAGGCGGAACUAGACAACGGCGAGGUAAUAGCGGUGAAGAAGCUCUGGCCAACGACAAUAUCUCCGGGAUACCACUGCCGCCACCGCGAUUCGUUCUCGGCGGAGGUGAAGACGCUCGGCUCGAUUCGGCACAAGAACAUCGUGAGGUUCUUGGGGUGUUGUUGGAACAAGAAAACGAGGCUGCUAAUGUAUGAUUACGUGCCGAACGGGAGCUUGGGAAGCCUUUUACAUGAGAGAAGUGGCGGGAAUAGUAUUUGCUUGGAGUGGGAGCUGAGAUAUAGGAUAGUUCUGGGUUCGGCUCAGGGAUUGGCUUAUCUCCACCAUGAUUGUGUUCCUCCGAUUGUUCAUAGGGAUAUCAAGGCCAAUAACAUUCUCAUUGGCCCUGACUUUGAGCCUUAUAUUGCUGACUUUGGGCUCGCCAAGCUUGUUCAUGAUGGUGAUUUCGCAAGGUCUUCCAACAUUGUCGCUGGUUCCUAUGGCUACAUUGCACCAGAAUACGGGUACAUGAUGAAGAUAACAGAGAAGAGCGAUGUCUACAGUUACGGAGUAGUCGUUUUAGAAGUACUAACAGGAAAACAACCGAUCGAUCCGACGAUCCCAGAAGGGCUCCAUAUAGUGGAUUGGGUAAUAAGGCAGAGAAGAUUGGGGACGUUCAACGUCGAAGUCCUCGAUCCAAGCUUACGAGGCCGUCCAGAGUCGGAGAUAGAAGAAAUGAUUCAGACUUUGGGCGUGGCUUUGCUCUGCGUAAACCCUUCUCCGGACGACAGGCCAACCAUGAAAGAUGUCGCCGCAAUGCUCAAGGAGAUAAGGCAGGAUAGAGAAGAUCAGUGCAUGAAAGUUGAUCAUCAGAGGUUUUUGACUAACGGGUGUUCUAAAUCUGAUGAUCAUCGUGAUCAGUGCAAACGAGAGAGUAAAAAUUUUAGUGGCUCUUCAUCGUAUCCGCAAAGUAACAACACUACUAGCUUUUCUGUUUCCUCUAAUUUGUUGUACUCUUCUUCUUCUAGUGCCAAGUGA